AUGCGCUUAUUUGGCAUUCUCCUCCCAGCUUUUGCUGGCUUGACUGCUCUUCUCACCUUGGCCUCAGCUAAGCCCGUCCUUACAGCUGUCAAGUCACCUCCAGCUCGGGACAUUGAGAUACCCUUUUCCGAUUGCUGCGCCUUAUGGGCCUGGCCAAAACGAGACGAGGACGGAAUACUGAGAGCUUAUCAUGCAAAGGAUGAGUUAGUCGAAUUCGUUAAGGUCGAGCCAGUCUCAGCAAGAGUAACUGGUACAUCUGCCAAAUCACUCGACUCCGAGAUGAUUUCAGCUGGAGACCUCGAGCUGGUUGGACCUCCUCAUCUUGUCAAGCAACAGGUUUGUUGCACGCCAGGCUGCAAGUGGUGUCCAUGGAACAGUUGUUGUUCCCUUGAGGUGCGGGUAGGAAAGCGAGACGAAGAGGGACUGGCCGAGGCAUACAGUCAAGACGGCGAGUUAGUGACAUGGGUGGGUGCGGCUCAAUUCUCAGAAAGAGAUGUCCAGAUCGUUGGACCUUCACCUCUUGCGAAACGUCUCUGCUGCACAAGUGACUGCGAGUCCUGUGUUGGCUCUUGCGAGACGGUCGGUUGUCCGAUAUGGCCGUGGACCAAUUGUUGUGCCUUGUGGGUCUGGCCACGAAAGCGGGAUGGAACUGAUCAAGCUUUUAACACGAAAGGCGAGUUGGUCCAGUUUGUUGAUACUUUCGAGCCGCUUUCAAACAGAGAUGUCGACUGGGCUGGGCCUCCUCCCCCUCAUGUGGAACAGUUUUGCUGCUCAAUUGGUUGCAGGACUUGUGGCGAUGCUCAUUGCGAGGAUACCAGAGUGUAUUCCCCAUUCAGCAGUUGUUGCACCCUCGAAUUCACUCGGAAAGGUACAAUACUGUUGCACAAUUGGUUGUCGCCAAUGCAGCAGCCAGGAAUGUCCGGAUGUGGAAUGUGCCCCUUGGAUGAGAUGGUGUGCCCUAUGGGUCUGGCCACGGAAGCGAGACGAGCGAAAGGUAGACAGAACAUCCCAGGCUUAUAA